AUGCUGACUCGAGCAGUGGUCCCUUCCAUGGUACCUCGUUUCGACGCCACCAUCACCUCCUCCGCCUCCCGCCAAUGUGAACUUCCCAGAGCCUUCUUCGGCCAUCAGCUCACCUUCGCCCCCACUUCCGCCGCGUCUCACGCGCAACCGUCGAAGCUCCCACGAACCUUCCCCUGCGUUCGCAGCAGCGUGAAUGGAAACGAGCCCGCGGCGCGGCCGUCCCGUCCCGAGUACAUCCCGAACCGCAUCGACGACCCUAACUACGUCCGCAUCUUCGACACCACGCUGCGCGACGGCGAGCAGUCACCCGGCGCGACGCUCACCAGCAAGGAGAAGCUCGACAUCGCGCGCCAGCUGGCGCGGCUCGGCGUCGACAUUAUCGAGGCUGGCUUCCCCAUCGCGUCGCCCGAUGAUCUCGAGGCGGUGCGGACGAUCGCCAAGGAGGUGGGGAAUAACAUCGACCCGGUGACGGGGUACGUGCCCGUGAUUUGCGGGCUGGCGCGCUGCAACAAGGCGGACAUCGACGCGUCGUGGGAGGCAGUGCGGCACGCGGCGCGGCCGCGCAUCCACACGUUCAUCGCGACGAGCGCGAUCCACAUGGAGUACAAGCUGCGGAAGUCGCCCGACGAGGUGGUCGAGAUCGCGCGCAGCAUGGUGGCGUAUGCGAAGAGCCUGGGGUGUAACGACAUCGAGUUCAGCCCGGAAGACGCUGGCAGGUCCGACCCCGAGUUCCUGUACCGCAUUCUGGGCGAGGUGAUCAAGGCGGGCGCGACCACUCUCAAUAUCCCGGACACGGUGGGGUACACCAUGCCCUCGGAGUUCGGCGAGCUCAUCGCCAAGAUCCGCCAGAACACCGAGGGCGCUGAGAACGUGAUCAUUUCGACCCACUGCCAGAAUGAUCUGGGGCUGGCAACGGCUAACACUCUCGCGGGUGCCAAGGCAGGAGCGCGGCAGCUGGAGGUCACCAUCAAUGGGAUUGGCGAGCGGGCGGGCAACGCGUCGCUGGAAGAGGUGGUGAUGGCAAUCCGGUGUCGCGGGCAGGAGCAGUUUGGAGGGCUGUACACGGGCAUCAACCCCAAGCACAUCGCACUCUCCAGCCGCAUGGUGACGGAGUACACGGGCAUGCUGGUGCAGCCACACAAGGCCAUCGUGGGCGCCAACGCCUUCGCGCAUGAGAGCGGCAUUCACCAGGACGGCAUGCUCAAGUACAAGGGCACGUACGAGAUCAUGGCGCCAGAGGACGUGGGCAUCGUGCGCAGCGACGCCGCAGGCAUUGUGCUGGGCAAGCACAGCGGCCGCCACGCCCUCAAGACGCGCCUGCAGCAGAUGGGGUACGACUUUGACAGCGCGGAGUUGGAUGAGGUGUUCAAGCGGUUCAAAGCGGUGGCGGACAAGAAGAAGAUUGUCACGGAUGGGGACGUGGAGGCGCUUGUGUCUGACUCGGUGUUCCAGCCCAAGACCAUCUGGGAGCUCGCUGACCUGCAGGUGGUGUGUGGAACCAUGGGGCUGCCCACAGCGACAGUGAAGCUGGUGGGGCCUGACGGGGUGGAGCAGAUCCAGGCGGCCAUGGGCACGGGGCCUGUGGACGCCGUUUACAAGGCCAUCAACAAUAUCGUUGAUGCGGCCAUGGGCACGGGGCCUGUGGAUGCCGUUUACAAGGCCAUCAACAAUAUCGUUGAUAUCCAGGCGGCCAUGGGAACGGGGCCUGUGGAUGCUGUCUACAAGGCCAUCAACAACAUCGUUCAUAUCCAGGCAGCCAUGGGCACGGGGCCAGUGGACGCCGUUUACAAGGCCAUCAACAACAUUGUUGAUAUCCAGGCGGCCAUGGGCAGGGGGCCAGUGGGCGCUGUGUACAAGGCCAUCAACAACAUCAAUCAACAGCAACGUGGAGCUCAUAGAGUACUCCCUCAUGGGGGCGAGUGUGGAGCUCACAGAGUACCUCCCUCAUGGGGGCGAGUGUGGAGCUCACAGAACAGAGUACCGCCCUCCCUCUCAUCGCUGAACGUGGAGCUGACAGAGUACUCGCUCAGCUCAGUCACAGAGGGCAUGGACGCCCUGGCCUGCACACUGCACUCACGUUGCGAUUGCCCCAUGUACCAUUGA